AUGAGGAGUAGAGAUUGCCCACCAAUAAGCGAAGGAAAGCGAGGUGGCGAAGAAUGUUCUGCAAAUGGAUUCGGGGUUGAAAGGGAAUUGACCGUAGAGGAAAUCAUCGUUAGAGACGCAGAGGCAUUUGAGGCGGAUAUGGAAAGAAAGGCUAAGAUGACCGCAAUUGAAACCGCCGGAGUGCGUGGGAUUGAUAGCAGUAGCAAAACAGGGAAAGGCGUUCAAGUUCAAAUUGCGAAAGGACCGUCAGAAGAGGUCGUAGUGGAAGGCGUGGAUGAGAAAGAGAAAGGACCGUCAGAAGAGGUCGUAGUGGAAGGCGUGGAUGAGAAAGAGAAAGAGGAGAACGAAGAGAAGAGGUUGAAGAUACCGAGGAUGACGAGGAAGAUGAAGACGAAGAUGAUGAAGAAGAUGACUAUGGUUCUGACAAUGAAGGAGACGGAGAUACUGAUGGACCAGACGAUGACGAUGAUGAGCCGUGGCACAGCGAUGGAGUUGAGUACGAUUGGGACCGUUGGGACCAGUUUGUCAGAAAUGACGGGAAGAGAUCGGCUGACGAUGAUGAUUUUGUGGAUGAGCCACCACAUUUUUCGUCGAGGUAUCACAGUUUACCGAGAAGCGGGAAAUCCGCACCUUCGAAGGAGUAAUUGA